ACACGAUUUCCCUCUCUCGCUCUUUCGAAACUCGGUGACUCGAUUUGAACUAUCGAAUGGAGAAGAAAGCUUGAAGACGAAGAAGAAGACGAAGAAGCAGAAGAAGAAGCACGAACAUGUCGGAGAUGGAGAGUAUGUUUAUGCAGAUCUUCGAGAGGAAGAAACGGAUCAUUGAGCAGGUCAAGCAACGGACACUUCUCUUCGAUCAACACCUCGCUUCCAAAUGUCUCCUUCAAGGAAUCGCUCCUCCGACGUGGCUCUUUUCUUCAUCAUCCUACAACGACUUCAAUAUGGAGGAACUCAUUUCAGGACUCUUAAUCCCUCGUGUACCACUGGGAAUUCCUUUUUUGGGCAGUUACAACAAGCCCAUUGUUACAGCUAGUAAGGGAGAUUUGCCUGCUGGUUUCUAUCCAGAAGUUCAACCUUCAAACAGGGGUGUUGAGGCAGCAGGAUAUGCAUUAUCUGUUUCCCUACAAUCCCCUCUAAAUGAAGCUGGAGGAGCCUCAAGUUGUGUUCAAAAGCAGGAUUCUAGUGCUCCUGCCACAACUCCACAGCAUCAGAGAGAUACAAGAAUCUCUAAUGUUUUUCCCGAUCCAGCUCAGUCAUUAGAAAAGAUUCAAAGAUCUAAAUCAGAUUUACCUGACAGUGUCUAUGCAGAAGUUCACUCUUCAAACAAAGCUGUUGAUGGAGCACCAGAUCUGUUGUCUGCUUCGCUGCAGUUUCCUGUUAUCAAUGCUGAAGGAGCCUCAAGUAGUGCACAGGAACAGAAUUCUAGUCGUCUUGCUGCAUCUCCACAGGAUCAGAGAGAUGCAAGAAUCUCAGAUGUUUAUCCCGAGCCAGCACAGUCAUUAGAAAAAAUUCAAAAAUCUAAAUCAGAUUUACCUGGUAAUUUCUCCUCAGAAGUUCAUCCUAUAAACAAAGCUGUUACUGUAGCAAGAGAUCGAUUGUCUGUUUCACCACAGUUUCCUGUUACAAAUAUAGGGGGUGCCUCAAGUUGUGUUCAGAAGCCAGAUUCUAGUUCUGCUGCUGCAUCUCCACAGGCUCAGAGAGAUGCAAGAAUCUCAAACGUUUCUCCCAAGCCAGCUCAGUCAUUAGAAAAUUUUCAAAGAUUUACAUCAAAAUUACCUGAUAGAUUUUAUGCUGAAGUUGAACCUUCAAACAAUGCUGUUGAUGCAGCACAAGAUCGAUUGUCUGUUUCACCGCUUCCUGUUAUUGAUGCUGCAGGUGUCUCAAGUUGUGUUCAAAAGCCAAAUUCUGGUUCUGCUGCAGCAUCUCCACAGGAUCAGAUAGACGCAAGAAUCUCAAACUUUUCUUCCAAGCCAGCUCAGUCAUUAGAAAAUUUUCAAAGAUUUACAUCAGAAUUACCUGGUAGUUUUUAUGCUGAAGUUGAACCUUUAAAUAAUGCUGUUGAUGCAGCACAAGAUCGGUUGUCUGUUUCACCACCGCUUCCUGUUACUGAUGCUGGGGCUGCCUCAAGUUGUGUUCACAAGCCAGAUUCUAGUUCUGCUGCAUCUCUGCAGAGUCAGAGAGAUGGUCGAAUGUUAGAAAUUUCUCCCUGGGCAGCUAAGUCAUUGGCAAAGAUUCAAAGAUCUAAGUCAAGGCAAAGGGCUCUUGAGCUUCGUCAUAGUGCAAAAUCAGUUAAAAGUCAUUCACAUGAUGAGAAUAAAACUGAAAAUAAGACAAGUGAGGGGAGUAAGACAGAAAAUAAGAGUGGAGUGUUUGGUAGUGGAAUUACAGGUUUUGAGAUUGCUCCUGUACAUAAUGGCAAUGCUUGUGGGUUGGAAUUAUUUGAAUCUUUUGAUAUUAAUUAUGAAAACUGUGAGCUGGAUGAACCAAAAGUUUGCGAUUUACACAGCAAGGAAAAAGAGUUAAGUAAGGAGAAGCUCAUCUCAGGACUCCUAUUCUCAAGUCCACAACCUGCAAACUCCUAUUCUAGUGAUGACAAUGUUCCCAACUAUAAACCGGCUAUUAUAUCUGAAAAUGAGGAGUUACCUGCUGGUUUAUUCUCUGAAGUUCAAGCUUCAAGCAACAAAAGUCUUUCAGUAGCUGGACAGUCUGUUUCGCAUCAAUUUCUUGUCGGUGAUGCUGGAUGUGCAUCAAACGUUGUUCUCGAACUGGAUUCUAGUGUUACAUCUCCCCGAUAUCGGAGAAAGACAAGAAAAUCAGACAUUGAGCGGGGACCACUGCAGUCACUGGCAAGCAUUCAAAGAUCAAAUUCAAGGCAACGGGCUUUAGAGAUUCGCGAUAGUGCAAAUGUGGGUAAAAGUUUCUGUGCUGAGAAGAAUGUUAGUGUAUAUUCUAGUGAAGUUACCGGCUCUCAAAUUGCUGUGGUACAGGGUGACCAAAUUUAUAAGUCAGAAAUAGUAAAACCUGAUGAUUUUGAUAAUGAAAGUUCUAAGGUGGAUGAAGCCCAACUCUCUUGUUCCCAGGGCAUGGAAAAGAGUAGCAAAAUAUAUUCUGGUAGGUUAACCAGAUCCCGUAGUUCUGGCCAACCACAAAGCUUUUUUAUAAAGGAGUUCUUGCAUAUAGGUAGACCCACUUAUUUCGAGAGAUCUAGUAGGAGAAAAUAUGAUAUAGGAAGUGCCAAAUCAAGUCAACAGCAGAUUGAAGAGAAUGCCCCUCUGUCAGGCAAAAUUGGAGAUCUACUAACCAACACCAUGUCUGCUUCAUUAAGCUUGAGGGUAGAUGAAACUGCAAAAUCAAAUGUCAAUCGAAGUCCAGUUAAUGAUCCUGUUGAAACUUGCCUGACUGGAGGAUCUAAAUCAUCUCCUGUUGGGAUUUCUUCAGUACAACUUGAACAUUUGGACUUUGUUAAACCAGUUGAGAGCCGUCAUGAAAGAUCUGUGGUGGAAGAACCAAAAAUAGGUGGUUUACAGGGCAAGGAGAAAGGCGGUAAUGCUUAUUCUGGUAGAAUUACAAGAUCUCAAUGUUCUAGCCAGCAAGUCAGUUCUAACAGGGGCUCAGUGAAUGUGAAUAUCAAUGACCAGACUGCUAGUUCUUCAAAAUCAAGAGAGCAGAUCGGAAAGAAAUCUAUACAGUCAAAAGAAAGUUCUAAAUCUGGAGAUGAGGGUUCAUUGCCUCAGUCUAAGCGAAGAAAGGUUAAUAAUCGACUAAAUGACUCUCUGUCUGCUUCACUGAGCUUGAGGGUGGGCGGUGAUGUACAAUCAAGUGUCAGUUAUAGCCCAGUUGUUGAAUUGAAUCAGGAUGGAGGUUGCCAGAUGCUAGGGGGUUCUCAUUCUUCACCUAAGCUUCAAAUUUCUGUGCGUCAGCUUUGCUUGGAUGAGAAGAACAGAAGCGCAAAUAGCCCUUUGACUUUUGUACAGGAAGAGUUAGAAGUGCCCUUUAUUUCAAGUUUGGCUGAUCAGACUACUGGAGAUCCUAAAAGAUGUUCAAAUGCAGAAGCAGGAGGGACAGAUCCAAGCAGUGUACCAAAUUCAAGCAAACAGUGCACUAUGGGAGAGAAUAAAGUCUUGCUGCAGAGUGAGCUUCGCUUGGAGAAAAAGAAAAGAAGUGCACACACCCCUUUCACCUUUGUAUUGGAAGAACUAGAAGCGCCCAUUAUCUCAAGUUUGGCCAAUCAAGCUACUAGAGAUUCUGAAGGAUGUUCAAAUGCGGAAGCAGGAGUGUCAGUUCCAUUUAGUGUUCCUGAUUCAAGUAUACAGUGCACCCUGGAAGAGAAUAAAGUCUUGCCAUCUCUUGAUGAUAAAUUCCAAGUGGGAAAUAUGGAAAACUUAACUUGUACUGAAAGAGACAAGCAGGAAAGGAAAUCUCAUCUGGAAGAAAAUGGUGAUUUUAUGUAUUGUUCAGGUGAAUUUAAAACUAGAAAGCCCAUGGAGUCUAUCGGUGCUGACCAAGCCAUUCCUGAGUUUGAGGGAUUCACUGUGGAAACAGAUUAUGAACAAUCAUGCAUAGGAGAGAACAUUAGCUUUGAGGAAUUGAACCUACCAAAAUCUACAAUAGAACGUGCUAGUUUGCUUGAGCGGCUAUGCAAAUCUGCUUCCAUGGAUACCCCACUAUCCCAAUUCUCUACCACAUAUAAAUUUCAGAGAGCACCGAAUUUAUAUCAGUCAGUUCCAAAUGGGCUGCUAGAGUGUGACCUGAGAAGCAGCUUUUUUGAGAUGGGUGAUAUGGGCAAGCAACUUAAGGCCAGCAGCUUCGAUGAGGAUGUCAAUAGUGCUUUGGAAGGAAAAUCCUACUCUGAUUGCUUACCAUUUUCUAGUUCUCAAUCUACUUGGGAUAUCAGGAAACCUUUUACAUCUCCAGUUGGGAAACUAUGGGAUAGAACCACAUCAAAAUCUGGAAGUUCAGAGAAGCAAGGCAGCUUAAAUGCAGAGCUUCCCUGCAUUAUUGAAGAAAAUGAGAACGCACAUGAGGUUGCCGAUGUAUUUCAAGAAGGCAUAAGUUCAGAAGUGCUAUCCUCUCCAGUCAAACGAGAACCGCUUGCUGACAUCACAGAAGAUCCUAACCUUCCAGCAUGUGUUUCUAAAUGUGAGAUAUUUGCUGCUAGAGAUAGUAUAGAAUCUAUAAAAACAAAUUACAGCUUGACUGGGACUUGCAAUAGGGUCAAACAAAAGCUUGAACACCAUAACAGCAGCAAGAAACAACUUUCAAACAAGAUGAAAGUGAGCAAUGGUACAGAACCCGGAGAAAAUGGGAUCUACAAGUUGAGGAAAUCAGUUCGAAAUAGGUUCAGUAAGCCAAAAUUAUCUGGAAAACCCAGUUUGAGAAAAGGAGGCUCAAGUAUAGCAGAAAAGGAAACGAAGCCUAAUAAUAUUGUAUCCAAUCUCAAUUCCUUUAUUCCUCUUGUUCAACGAAAACAACCAGCCGCGAUCAUCACAGGAAAGAGGGAUGUUAAAGUGAAGGCCCUAGAGGCUGCUGAGGCUGCAAAGCGUCUUGCACAAGAGAAAGAGAAUGAACGUAAGAUGAAGAAGGAAGCUUUGAAAGUUGAACGAGCAAGAGUGGAGCAAGAAAAUCUGAAGCAAUUGGAACAGCAGAAGAAAAAGAAAGAAGAGGAGCGAAAGAAGAAAGAAGCUGAGAUUGCUGCCAGAAAAAGACUGAGAGAAGAAGAAGAAAGAAAGGAGAAGGAGCGAAAAAGAAAACGUGUCAUUGAUUCUUUGAAGCAUCAGCGAGAGAAUGAGGAAAAGAUUCGCAUUAAGAAAGAGAAUGAAGUGAAAGGCCGGGCCAUGAAUGAGCGAGCAAACGAAGUGAAGGUUUCCAAGGAUGAAACAGGAAAGGACAACAGAAAGGAAAAAGAAACGGUAAAUGAAAAUCUUGAGAAAUUGCAAAAGCCUGGGAAAGGUAGCGUUGCCCGUGAAGUUUGUAAGACUUCGGCUGGUAGCGGUAAUAAUACAAAGGGAAUUAGCAAUAUACUGAAACCAUUAGAAAAUCACAACUUUGAUACCCACCAAUACCAGGAAGAGUCUUAUGAUAUUUCUCCAUAUAAAGGUUCAGAUGAUGAAGACGAAGAAGAUGAUGAGAUACCUAAUACUAAAUUUAUUCCUUCAUGGGCCAGUAAAAAUCGCGUGGCAGAGGCCAUUGCUUCCCAGCAAACACUGGACGCAGAAACGAUUUUUCCCCGGCAGAGUUUUUGCAGAAUAGUUGAAGUACUCCAGCCCCGUAGAAAACAGCUAUAUCCAAGUUAAGGACAUGUAAAUUUUGUCAAAUCACUUUCGAUUCAAAAUAUGCAUCUGCAUUCAAUUUAUUCAAGAGCCUUCACGAGAAAUAAAAGGCAGAUUCUGUAGCAACAUCCUGUGAAGACAGCUGAGGAUCAGUUUUGACUUCCAGGCUGAUGGUAAGGCUUAAACUAGGCUCGAAAUAAAAACUUCGAUGCUAGUAAUUUGACUCUCGACUUGCAACAAGUUCACAGUUUGUUAAAGAAGAAUCUCAAAUUAAAGUAAAGAGAGAAGUGUUUGUAAUAGACAGGCUUACGUAUUAGCUUUCUUCCCGCUGUCAAUGAACAUGUUAUGUUCUCUGGUGACCGCUGUAGUUGCGUGAUUGAGAAGAAGAAUGGUUAGGAGUGGGCGAUUCGGGGAGCUUGUGAGUGGGCAGCUGGGGAGUGUGCGUCGAACUGGAGUGAGUAGUUCAAGGUCAAGGUGAAAUGAGUCUAGUAAAAUGGUAUCCAAGUUAGGGAAAUAAAUUAUUUCUGACAUAUUUGGGUCUUGGGCGUAAACAUAGUUUGUUCAAGUCCGAUUGCAGAAAAGAUUUUAAACUAAUAAAGAGUUUAACUGUAGUUAGGUCUGAAUUUA